CCUCCUUUUUUCCCUCUGUGUUUCUCCAUCUACCCCUCUGUCUCUCUCCUCCCCCUCUCUCCUUCUUUCCUUCUGUGUUUUUCUCCAGAGAGUUCCAGUUUUUGAACACCACACUGUUCUUACCUACUGGCCCUCCACCCCACACACACGAAGAGAGAGAAGCACAGAAACCAUGUCUCCUCUGCGUGUACCCCUGUUGGCCGUACUGGUCAGUAUGGCCCUGUGCCAGUACUAUGACUACGACUACCAGCCUGUUUCCGUACUAGGACCCUCAGGGCCCAACUGUAAUCAAGAAUGCGAUUGCCCAGUCAACUUUCCCACUGCCAUGUAUUGUGACAACCGCAAGCUCAAGUUUGUUCCUGUAGUCCCAACAGGGAUCAAGUACCUGUACCUCCAGAACAACAUGAUUGAAGAGAUCAAGGCUGGGGUGUUUGAUAAUGUUACUGCUGACCUUCGCUGGCUUGUACUUGACAACAACCAGCUCACCAAUGCUAAGAUAGCAAAGGGAACAAUUGACAAACUCAGUGGCCUGGAGAAGCUAUACUUCAGCUAUAACAACCUCACAGAGCCAAUCAUCCCUCCCUCAAAGUCCCUUGAUGAGCUGAAGAUGACGCACAACAAGUUGUCCAAGUUCCCCUCCGGACUCUUGACUGACAAAGAAAAUUUGACUUCCAUCAACCUUCAGCACAAUCAGCUAACCUCUGAAUCCAUCACGGGGGCAUUCAAAGGGUCAAAGAAGCUGCUGUCCCUGGAUGUGAGCCACAACAAGCUGAAGAAGCUGCCAGCCGGUGUCCCCAGUUCACUGGAAAUCCUCUAUGCUGACUACAACGACAUUGACAGUAUUGGAGCCGGAUACCUGAACAAGCUGCCCUCGCUGCAGUACCUAAGGAUCUCCCACAACAAGCUGGUAGACUCUGGGAUCCCUGCUGGAGUGUUCAAUGUGACAUCACUGGUGGAGCUGGACCUGUCUUUCAACAAGCUGCAGUCUAUCCCAGAGAUCAAUGAGCAGCUGGAGCAACUCUACCUCCAGGCAAAUGAGAUCAACAAGAUUGACAUGUCAAGUUUCUGCAAGUUCAUUGGACCCAUCAACUUUUCCCGUCUGAAGCAUCUGCGUCUGGACGCCAACAACGUCACAUACAGUAACAUGCCCCAUGACUCCGCCAACUGCCUGCGCCAAGCUUCAGAUAUCAUGUUUGAAUAAGAACCUCCCUCAAAUCUAUGACGUUUCCAUGACACAACUCAGCCCAAAGCCUUGUGGGUUUAAACGUCAUAAUAUCCAACCUUUUUAUGUGCUGACAUGUCCUUGCAUUUAAUGUAAUGACAUUUUCAUCAUUUAAAUAUACAUCCUGAACAAAUCUAAAGCUGGGCGAAUAUGAGAUACAUUACACACAUUUGAAAAUGUUUGAGUAACAUAUCUCAUCUUGAAAAAUGUACAAUCAGAUUGUUAAAUUCAUUAAGCAUCAAGCAAGUGUUCGUCUCUUUGUGUUUGGAGGUAUGUCUGAAUAUUCUAAUUGUUGAUAUAAACAUGAGGUCAGAAAAGGGGGGAAAAAAAGAAUAAAUUGACAGUAGAGAAAAUAGAAAAUCACCAAAAGUUGAACUGAAAUGAAUUAAUAUGCUUUGAUUAAAAACACACACAUUAAACAUUCCAAACUUGCAUUUGAUUUUAUUGAACAGACAUAAUGGAGUAAACAAUGGCUAAAGUUCUCCAGUGUCUUAGUUCAGUUGUAGUGUAAUUUUUUUUGUUUUGUCUUAUAUGUUCCAGUGUUUAGCAUGUAUAAUAUAAUAUGGGUACAAUGAUUAAUCCAUUGCUGUGCAAAGGACCAGCAAAUAAGGAUUGUGUACUGAGUGUGUAAUGCCUAUGUGAGAAAUUAUGAUCAAACUGUAAAAUAGCAGUUACAUUGCAGUCCAAAUAUUCAGUAUCUUAAAUGAUUUUUUAAGGAAAAUACCAGUGUUGAUUACUUGUGUCUGUCAUUUUAUACCUACUUUAAGCUUGCAUAAAAGAUGCCUUGAUCCAAAUGGCAUCAUGUCCCACUGAUUGACUUAUAUAACCUGCAGUGACAUCAGAAAUAUCCAUUCUUAGGGAAAUAACUUCCUAGUUCCUUAAAGAAAUAACUUCAACAGGAUUUACAUAUUUCUGUAGCCUUUGGUGUUAGAAAGUAGAAAUAUAUGACACAAGUAUAAAUGACAUUGGCAUUAUCCUCAAAAGUAAAUACUUCUCAUACUGAAUUUCUCUUUAUUUCUCAGAAAUCACGAGUCAAAUUGUCUCUUCACGUUACUUAAUUCUUAGCUGUCCACUGUCAUGCACAUUGCUGAUUUGUAUACAACAUUUGCAUUACUUGCAUGCAUCCAAUGGUACCAUUCUUUUAUAAUAAACUACAGCUUUUGCAGUGAAGGUGCUCUCAUUGUUACGUUGUUGUUUACCAUGAUUGAUAAAUGCUUUUUAACAAUACAAAGUCAGCUUGGCAGUGCGGUCAUGUUGACUGAAGUUAUGUCAUUAGAAUAUCACAUUUUGUUUAGGUUUAAUUUGUCAUUUUAUCGUGAUUUCUUAUGUGGCCUUUGACUCAGUAACUGCUCUUGGAUUUACUGUGUGGAAACCAAACACAGUUGAAUAAACUAUGUUUCCAAAAUA